AUGGCCGCAGCAACCACGGCGAGCAUCAAUGGCAGCGGCGGCCACGACGGGGAUGCGCUGCUCUCCCUGCUGAUGCGCGGUGCAGGGGCAAACGAGGGUCUGCUCGAUCUGGGCGGCUCGUCGUCAUCAUCGUCGUCGUCGUACCUUCACUCGCUCACCUCUAAGUCGCUGGCCGACCUGCGCGUGCAGCCUGCUGCACUCACCACGACAAUCACCUCGCUUGAUGGCCAGCUCUCGACGCUGUGUGCGCGCCACGUCGACUCAUUUGUCCAGGUGCGCCAGGCCUCGUCGUCGCUCCCUCGCGGGCUCGACGCCCUCGACGCCAAGCUCGAUUCGCUCCUCGACUCUGCCAUCCCUCGCCUCGCACAGGCCUCGCAGCGCUUCCCUUCGGCUGCCCAGCCUCACCUCGAGGCCAAGCGCCGCGCACAGGCGCUGCUCAAACAGCACCGUUCCUCGCUGGCCGACGUGCUCGAGCUGCCGGCGCUCCUGGCUACAUGCGUGCGCGCUAACCACCCCGUCGAAGCGCUGCAGCUCGGCAUUCACAUUGCCAAGCUCUCCCGUCCUGCGGACUCUUUCGCUACUGCUGCUUCCUCCUCGCAUUCGAUACCAUUCCCGGGAGAGGCAGCCAGGGGUCAUGCUGUGCUGGUUGCCCUGCGGCGCGAGGCGUGGCAGCAUCUCGUCGUCCUUCGAGACGACCUGCUCAAGGGCCUGGAUGCCCGGGGUCUGCGCCUUCCCGUCGCUCGCCGAUACGUCUCACUGCUCAGGAUAUUCUCGGAGGUGGACCACGAGGCUGCCGGUGGCCCCUCCCGCGGUGAUGCUAUCCAAGCCAAGCAGCAACGCGGCGGCGUGCCCCCAAAGCUGGCCCUGUCCGACUCGACCAUCUGCCUCUCGCUGCUCAGAUCGCGGUAUGCUGCCCUCGUGUCGAGGCUCGAGAAUGCCACUUCGUCGCACGAAGAGGCCAGCGAUGCUGCUUCGAGGUGCUCAGCGAGGAUCAGCGUCUGGAGAGAGGCAGUCAACGACGCCAUUGGCAUGGCCUUGGCCCUAUUCGUCGACAGGCCUGCCCAGCCUGCCUCUUCCUCAAAUACCACAAGCGCCGUCGAUGCCAACGCUGACACCAGCGACGGUGCGGCAGAAGAAGCAGACAGCCAGCUGAGCCCCACGAUGCUCAUCUCGGCCUUUGCGUCCAAGGCCCUCCAUCUGCUCGGCGCCUCGCUCGACGCCGACGUGCCCGGGAUCACAUCGAGCGCAUUCGAACGGCAUCCUGCCUCCUACUCCAAGGCCGCCACCGACGUCCUCUCGACCUUUGCCUCGCUCCACACGCAGCUCUCCUACGCCUCUGUCUCUCUCGCUCGCCUCGGCCUCGACUUUUCGGGCUCUCUCUCCUCCUCAUCGUCGUCAUCAUCUUCAACAGCAGGGACCUGCGGCGCAUUUGAGCGCGAGGUGCUCCGUGUCUGGACGCGAGGCCUUCGACGAGCGACAGAUGUCUUUUCGCAGCGCUGGGCCUCGUCCGCCGACGUCGCCAGCCUCCUCGCUUCGGCCAGCGCCGCCACCGUGUCCAAGAUGCUUCGUUUUGAUACUAACGGCAGUAGAACGACGACGACGGACGCCGCAACGGCGCCCUCGAGGGACCUGCUCGAUGUGCCGGCGCUCGCGACGCUGCUCAACCACCUCCUCGAGGCGUACAAUGCGCUCCAGACAUUCUGUCCAGCCGCCAUUGGCCAGGAAGUCGGCGAGGUGCUCGACGAGACGCUGGAUCAGACGGUGGAGCUUGCGUUGGGCCUCGCGAGCAGGCUCGACAUGGCUGAGGCCAUCGUGGAUGGUGGCCCUUCCACCGACAGCAUCGCCGCCCUCCUGCCUGCCCUCGAUGUGCAGCUGGGACAACUGGGACAGGGCGCAGGCGAGGGCGAGCGCGAGGACGUGGCGUCUACGUCGAGAGAUCCGCAGCGACUCAAGGAAGCACAGCGGAUGCUUGCGGCGACGGUUCUGUCGCUCCUCGAGCGCGAUGUCGUGGGCUUUGUGCGGCCCCACGUCGUCCGGCUCGUCUCUGGAGGCGCGGACGGCGAUGUCGGUGUAAAGGAGGAGCGAGCGGGGCUGAAGGAGAAGCGACGAGCAGUCGUGGCGUGGGCCGCUCAAGCGAGAGAGACGUGGGAGACGGGCGAGGAGAAGAGGAGGGACGCGCUGCUGAAGAGGCUCGAGGCGAGACGGGCCGAGAGCGAGCGCGAGAGGCGGAAGAGGGAGGAGGAGGAGAGCGCGAGGCGGGCCAAGGAAGAGGAAGAGACGAGGGCGAGGGAGGAGAAGGAGGAGAAGCUGAGGAAGGAAGAAGAGGAGAGGGCAAGGAGGGCAAAGGAGGAGGAGGCCCGGCUGGAGAGAGAGCGGCUCGAGAAGGAGCGGGUCGAGAAGGAGAGACUGGAGAGAGAGCGGCUCGAGAAGGAGCGGCUCGAGAAGGAGCGGCUCGAGAAGGAGCGGCUCGAGAAGGAACGGCUCGAGAAGGAACGGCUCGAGAAGGAACGGCUCGAGAAGGAGCGGCUCGAGAAGGAACGGCUCGAGAAGGGGAGAGUGGAGAAAGAGCGGCUGGAAAAGGAAAGAUUGGAAAAGGUAGAGAGAGAGCAAGAAGAGAUGCGCAAGAAGGAGCAAGAAGAGCGACAGAAGCGAGAAGAAGAAGAACGAUUGAAGCGAGAGGAAGAGGAGCGCCUCAAACGAGAGGAGGACGAGCGCCUCAGACGCGAAGAAGAGGACAAGCUCAGGCGGCAGCGCGAGGAAGAAGAGAAGCUCAAGAAAGAGGAGGAAGAGCGACGAGUGCGCGAAGAAAAGGAGUUGGCGGCCAAGAAGCGUCAGGAAGAAGAGGAGAGACGUGCAAAGGAAGAGGAGCAAGAGAAAAAGAGAGUGGCUGAGGAGGAAGCGGCCAAAGAGGAGGCGCAGCGAAAGAAGAAAGAAGAAGAGGAAGCGAAGCGGCAAGCAGAGGCAGAGAAAGAGGCCAAAGCCAAGGCAAAGGAGGAAUUGGCGAAGACUGAGCAAGAGAAGGACGCAGCUGCAGGCUCCGAAAUCUGGGUCGAUGUCAUUGGCGGAGAAGCUUCGCAAGGCUCGCGAGGAGCGGGAGAGGGCGGCAGCAUCAGCUGCUGCUGCCGUAACCACACCUGUGCCGGCAGAUACAGGUGCAAAGGAAGCUCCAGCGAAUGA